UAUGUUCUGCCUCAUCAUAAAUUAUCAUCAUUAUUUUCAACCACACAUUAUCAUUUCUUAGGAUACUCUUGUUCAUCUCAGCUAAGUGAUAACAAGAGAAAAAAAUAAACAAAGCAAGAAAAUUUAUGAUGAUGACAAUGAAGACCUCACCAUACAUUUGUAGUAACAGCUUAAUCUAUUCUUCUUCUGUUCCUCAUUUCACAACACAAAGCUCUCUCAAUUUCUCACCUUUUCUUGUCAAAUCCAUGGCUACUUCCAAACCUCUUCCUUCUGUCUCUAGAACAGUAGUAGCUUCUAAAAAGAAUUCAACUGUAUUCCCACUUGGAGAACAACCUAGGAAUGCUGUAACAUCUACACAAUCCAUAAAACUUCUCACAAGAAUGGAACAAUUAAAGCUCUUAUCAAAAGCAGAGAAAGCAGGUUUAUUAUCAGCUGCAGAGAAAUCUGGACUCUCUCUAUCAACAAUAGAGAAACUUGGUCUUCUCUCAAAAGCAGAAGAACUUGGUGUUUUGUCUGCUGCUACUGAUCCAACAACACCAGGAUCACUCUUCACACUCAGCUUAGUUUUGCUUCUUUUAGGACCUUUGUUUGUUUACCUUGUUCCUGAAGAUAACGUUGUCGAGGUUGGAGUACAGGUUGUGGUUGCUUUGAUCAGUGUUGUUGGUGGUUCUGCUGGUUUUGCUGCUUCAAGUUUUGUGUCUAACUUGCAGAAAUUGAAAUAAGUUUAUGAUAUUUGGUUUGUAAUUUUAUUGUAUUAUUAUGAUAUAUGAAAAGAGGAGAAAUAAUUAAUGGAAUCAUUAAUUGAUUUGUGAA